CACGCAGCCUCUCGGACGGAUAGCAGGACCAUAGUAUAACCCGGCCCGUUACAAGACUCAUUUCGCGAGUGUGGAGUGCAGUGGAACGUGUUUAAAUUAGAGCAUUUAAUUUAGCCGCUUUAUACAGUGAACCGUGAUACUGUGAUUAUAGCGUGAAUGUUUAUUUUGUUGUACAAUGUAACCGGCGUAAUGCGUAAGCGCCUGUGAUGUAUCCUCUAAUAUGCAGUGGAGCGGCCUUAACCUUGUGUGUUUAGCGUUAUGCUGCUUCCAUACUGCAUCAGAACCGUUGCAUAUCGAAGAUCACGUCCGAGCGCGUCGAAGCGAUGAGAAGGACGGCCUGGCAUUAUCCAGAGAGAUAUUCAGGAACAUUACUAAGAAAUUGCGAGAAAGCAUACGAGAGGGUCCGACUGACAACGAUCAUUUAUUACAGGGUAAAGCGGAAGAAUCCCGCCAGUAUGCGCCGUACCAGGAGCUGCAUCACCACGAGCGGCACUGGGGGCCGUACUUCGAAGAGAGGAACAUCACGCAAGUGACCGCCCACGUGGGGGCUGAGGCGCUGCUCAAUUGCAGAGUCGUUAUGCUCAAGGAUAAAACUGUAAUGUGGCUCCGUCAUACUACCGAAACGGCGCAACUCCUAACCGUCGGGCCCGCGCCCUACGCCGGCGACAACCGCGUGGCUUCAAAGUUCCAAUACCCGAAUAACUGGAGGCUGAGCAUUAACCCCGUCAAGUGGUCUGACGCCGGCCGCUACAUGUGCCAAAUAUCCACGCACCCGCCAAGAACUAUAUACACUGAUUUGACUGUGUUACCUCCCGUUCUCACGAUAAACGGUGACUCGACGCACGACGUCAAGGACAAAUUCUACAAGGCAGGAAGCUCUAUAAAGCUCUCAUGCGUAAUAUCCGACGAAUAUGUAACGACAUUGCCGACAAAAGUACCAAUAACAUUAACUACGCCCACCACAUCAGCCCCAGUCACAACCACGACAGAAAUGACUACGAAAAUGAGUACAAUAUUCAAUAAAUUAGAUUUAAUGUUAAAUAAAAGUUGGAGCGUAGAAACUACGACGAUAACGUCGACUGUUAGUAUAAGUACGACUACAAAAAGCAUUGAGGCGAAGACAGAAGCGACUGUUCAGCCGGUCACGAGGCCAGUAUUGAAUAAUAUUUAUGGGCUAGUGUGGAGGAAACAAGGGAAGGACAUAGUGAAUUUUAUUACGUGGAGGAAUAUGAGUGCCACCUUUAGCGUUUCAACAGCGUCUCAGAACGAUAGUGGUCUAUACAGCUGUCACUUGCUCAAUCACUCUCAAGUUUCUAUAAAUGUACACGUUCUUAGUGGUGAAAAUCAGGCAGCAGUCCAUCACGAUACAUGGAACAAGGGAUCUCUCUUCUGGCAACCACAGAUACUAUACCUACUCGUUAUUGUCAUACUAUCGCCAUUUUUUACUUGAUCUAAGCAUUAUUAUUAUUACGGGCUACAAGCCAAAGCUUGCAUGAACUAAGAUGAUGUAAACUGGUGGAAAUUUAAUGUGGGAUUGAUUGAUUUGAUUUCUGUGUAAUAUUAUUAUCAAUGUAUGUAACAUGGUAAUUCAUCUGUCUGAUAAUUAAUAUAUUUAAGAGGGAUAUGGGCCAAAUUUAGCCAAAUCAAUUUAAUGUAAUAAAAAAGGAUGUUAACAGAAAUAGAGAUUUCAAAAUUUGAAAAAAAUGUCUUAAGAAUUAUGUUUUAUGUGUACAUUUUCGUUUUCUUCAAUAAGGUGUUUACUGUUGUUAUUUAAUGUUAAAGAUUAGUUAUCAUUUUAUUUGUGAAUUCGACGUGAUUCGAGACUCUUUCCUGCCUCAUAUUAUGAGAAGGAAAAAUCAGUUUAAAAUACAGCAUUCACUGUACAUAAAUUAAGCCAAAUUAUUAGGUAAUAUAUGAAAAUUUUAAAUCACUCUGGAAACAUUUCGUUUCAUACUUAUGCCAAUAUUAUACUGAGCUAGAUAAUUUAAAAUAUAUAUCUUUUGUAAGCGAUACCCUUAAAUGUAUGUACAUAAUAAUCAUUAAAUUAGGUUAAUAUAAUUUAUAUUGUAAGGUUAAGCAUUGAAAUUUAGUUUGAGAUAUAAUUUAAGUACUUUAUGUAAAUAAAUAUAAUUUCAUAUUGUUUCCGUAACGGGUAUAAUAAAAUUGAUAUUUUCUUUGUGGACAGCCAAGCUGUUGUUAAAAUUGUUUGUUUUAAAGUUGCACAAUAUUGUAUAAUUUAUUAUUAUGAAAUAAACUUCCAAAUGAACGAAAGAUGUUAACUGUAAUAUUAUCAAAUAAAUUCAUUAAUUGAA